AUGACGGUUUUCAAGAUCGAAUUGGUCUCGUCGUUGGUCAGUGAGACGACGUCUACGACGGAGAUGACGUCAACACAAAGUAGAACGACGAUGGAAUUCGAGAAGAAGGAAAAAUCCCCAGAAAGGAAGGUCACCUUCCUGAGCGAAGAGGAGAAGACCUCUGUGACGAAGUCUGAAGAAGAGAUAAGAGAAGAAUCAAAGACGGAAACCGCUUCUGAAGAAGCGAAGUCGACAGUCGAGAAGAAGAAGACGCCGUCACCACCGACGUCUCCUACAAAGAAGGCUGAAGACAAGCCGGAAUCUCCCACGAAGAAGAAGAAGUCACCGACGCCGGAGACCAAGAAGAGCUCCGAAGAAAAAACCGUUACUGAGGAGGUCACGUCGGUUACUGAAGUCAAUGUGACGUCUUCGGAACAGGAAGCAAAGGCUCCUGAAUCUCCAACCAAAAAGAAGAAGACGCCAUCCCCACCAACCUCGCCAACUAAGAAGGUGUCUGAGGAGAAGCCUGAAUCUCCAUCGAAGAAAAAGAAGUCGCCUACGCCUGAGGCUACUAAAGUUUCUGAAGACAAGACCGAUGUCACUGAAGAAUCCAAAACGGUCACGGAGGUCACGUCUUCUGAUCAAGAGACAAAGGCUCCUGAAUCUCCUACCAAGAAGAAAAAGUCGCCAUCUCCCCCGACGUCUCCAACCAAGAAGGCGUCAGAGGAGAAUCCUCAAUCCCCGACUGAGAAGAAGAAGUCGCCGACGCCAGAGUCGAAGAAGACUUCUAUAGAAACUACGAACAUUGCUGAAGAAUCGAAGACAGUUACGGAAGUUACCGUCACGUCUUCGGAACAGGAAGUCAAGGCUCCAGAGUCUCCGACCAAAAAGAAAAAGUCGCCUUCUCCACCAACCUCUCCAACUAAGAAGGCGUCCGAAGAGAAGCCUGAAUCUCCAAUUAAAAAGAAGAAGUCGCUCACACCUGAGGCCACAAAGACUUCUGAAGAGAAGACUGACGUCACUGAGGAAUCUAAGACGGUUACCAAGGUCAGCGUGACGUCUUCUGAGCAAGAAGUUAGGGCCCCAGAGUCUCCAACCAAAGAGAAAAAGUCACCGACGCCAGAAUCCAAAAAAGCGUUGGAUGAAAAUACCGAAGUUGCUGAAGAGAUCACAUCUGUGACGGAUGUGACCAUCACGUCUUCAGAGCAGGAAGCAAAAGCUCCCGAGUCUCCUAUUAAGAAAAAGAAGACUCCUUCCCCACCAACAUCGCCCACGAAAAAAUCCGAAGACAAACCGGAAUCUCCGACCAAAAAGAAGAAGUCGCCAACUCCAGAAGCUACCAAAACUUCUGAAGAAACUACUGGUGUUACUGAAGAAUCCAAGACAGUGACUGAAGUCAGUGUCACGUCGUCGGAACAGGAAGCUAAAGCUCCUGAAUCUCCAGUCAAGAAGAAGAAGUCGCCGACACCGACGUCUCCCACUAAGAAGGCGUCUGAGGAGAAGCCAGAAUCCCCAACUGAGAAGAAGAAGUCCCAAACGCCAGAGGCUACUAAGACUUUGGAGGAGAAGACUGACGGGACUGAGGAAUCUAAGACGGUUACCGAAGUCAGCGUGACGUCUUCUGAACAGGAAGCUAAGGCUCCUGAAUCACCGAUCAAGAAAAAGAAGUCGCCGACGCCAGAAUCGUUAACCAAGAAGGCGUCUGAGGAGAAGCCUGAAUCUCCAAUAAAGAAGAAGAAGUCGCCGACUCCUGAAGCCAACAAGACUUCUGAAGAAACUACUACUGAAGAAUCUAAGAACGUCACUGAGGUCAACGUAACCUCUUCGGAGCAAGAAGGCAAAGCUCCGGAACCUCCCCUUAAGAAGAAAAAGACGCCCUCACCACCGACGUCACCAACCAAGAAGGCGUCGGAAGACAAGCCAGAAUCCCCUAUCAAGAAGAACUCACCAACGCCGGAAACCAAGAAGACUUCAGAUGAAAAGCAGGAAGUUGAAGAGAUCACAUCUGUAACGGAUGUAACCAUCACGUCUUCGGAACAAGACGCCAAGGCUCCUGAAUCUCCAAUCAAGAAGAAAAAAUCCCCGACGCCAGAAUCGCCAACCAAGAAGAAGAAGUCACCAACGCCAGAAGCCAAGAAGACUUCUGAAGAAACUACUGCCGAAGAAUCAAAGACCGUCACAGAAGUUAGCAUCACGUCUUCUGAGCAAGAAGAGAAGGCUCCUGAAUCGCCCAUCAAGAAAAAGAAAACUCCUUCCCCACCAACGUCUCCUACCAAGAAGGCGUCGGAAGACAAGCCAGAAUCGCCUAUCAAGAAGAAGAAGUCACCGACUCCUGAAUCCACCAUGGCUUCUGAAGAGAAGACUACCACCACUGAGGAAUCCAAGACUGUCACGGAGGUCAGCGUGACGUCUUCUGAGCAGGAAGUCAAGGCUCCUGAAUCGCCCAUCAAGAAGAAGAAGACUCCUUCCCCACCAACAUCGCCAACUAAAAAGUCUGAAGACAAGCCGGAAUCUCCGACCAAAAAGAAGAAGUCGCCAACUCCUGAAGCUACUAAGACUUCUGAAGAAACUACUGGCGUUAUUGAUGAAUCCAAGACUGUCACGGAGGUCAGCGUGACGUCUUCUGAACAGGAAGCGAAGGCUCCUGAAUCGCCCAUCAAAAAGAAGAAGUCGCCGACACCGACGUCUCCAACUGAGAAGGCGUCGGAAGAGAAGCCCGAGUCUCCGACGAAGAAAAAGAAGUCCCCGACUCCCGAAGCCAAGAAGACGUGUGAAGAGAAGGUAAAUAUUAGUUAGGGAUUAGGUCAAACAUUGAACAUAUUAGGUUAGGACUUAUAGGGGGUAAAGUGCCAAAUUUGUCCGUUGUCGAUGCAUGAAUGUUAAAAAAGUUAAUGUUGAUUUUUUUUUUUGAAGUCUAUCUAAGUUUUUGAUAGUUAUAAGAUGAUCAAAUAAACCUUCAGAAUUGAAAUUCAAGUAAUUAAUAAAUUGAUUCAUUUAUAGCCGCCCGCCCCGAAGAUCACACGCGACUUGAAGAGCCAGACGGGGAACAAAACGGAUUUGGCUCACUUUGAGGUGAAAAAAAAAGCUUUUUUGAAAAAAAAAAGGUGUUCAGGUCGUUGUUGAACAUGCGACGGAGGUCAAGUGGUUCUUGGACGGCAAGGAAAUCACGAAGAGUCAUGGUAAGCGGAGAAAAAAAUAUUAGCCCUGGGGCGCGUUUGACAAAAUAUAAUUGGCCUUUUUUGAAUCUUGCAGGCUGAUUUUUAGCCAUGGAGCGCGUUUGACGAAAUAAAAUGGGCCUUUUUGAAAUUUUCAGGCUGAUUUUUAGCCAUGGAGCGCGUUUGACGAAAUAUAAUUGGCCUUUUUUGAAUCUUGCAGGCUGAUUUUUAGCCAUGGAGCGCGUUUGACGAAAUAAAAUGGGCCUUUUUGAAAUUUUCAGGCUGAUUUUUAGCCAUGGAGCGCGUUUGACGAAACAUAAUGGGCUUUUUUUGAAUUUUGCAGGCUGAUUUUUAGCCAUGGAGCGCGUUUGACGAAACAUAAUGGGCUUUUUUUGAAUCUUGCAAGCUGAUUUUUAGCCAUGGAGCGCGUUUGACGAAAUAAAAUGGGCCUUUUUGAAAUUUUCAGGCUGAUUUUUAGCCAUGGAGCGCGUUUGACGAAACGUAAUGGGCUUUUUUUGAAUUUUGCAGGCUGAUUUUUUGCCAUGGAGCGCGUUUGACAAAACAUAAUGGGCUUUUUUUGAAUUUUGCAGGCUGAUUUUUUGCCAUGGAGCGCGUUUGACGGAAUAUAAUGGGCCUUUUUUUGAAUUUGUCAGGCUGAUUUUCUAAUGAUCUUCAUAUGUUUUUUUGUCGUAUGAUUAAGAAAAAAAUAGGAUUAUGAUUGAAAAUUAAAUUUUUUUGGGUGGGGGUGAUAUAUAGAUGCUUGGAAAAUCAUCCUUUUUUUAAGUUAGGGUUAAAAAAAAUUUUCUGAUCCGUUUUCGCUCCCAGAAUGUUGAAAAAAGGAGUUAUUUCCUCAAGUUUUCACGGUUUCUAAGAUUAAAAAUCGAGAAUUUUUCCUCAGGAGUAACUGUUUCGAACGACGACAAAUUCGAAUUCCGCGCCUCCAUCGACACGACGAUUUUCGGCUCGGGAACAGUUUCCGUCGUUGCUUCCAAUGCGACUGGAUCUGUUGAGACGAAGUUGGAAAAAUUCUAGAUUUCCUUGAAAAUCCGUCGAAUUUAGAUGCGAACUGAAAGUUCUGGAAGAGCAGAAAGAAACGAAGAAGCCCGAGUUCACGGACAAACUCCGGGAUAUUGAGGUCGUCCGCGGCGAGACUGUUCAGGUACUUGAGAGGAUCCAUCGGACGCACUUGGAAUGGCUCAAAGCGUCGCGGUCGCGUUGAGCCAUUCCAAAUGCGGUCAUGAGCUUAAAGAUGUUGCAAAUUGAGAGUAAAAUGCAAGUUAGCAGCUUCGAAGUCUUGCAUCUAACUUCAAACGGCUUGGCCAGCAACUAGAGAUGAUGAGAAACAGAGAGGAUGAGAACGUUAGACAGUUGUAAAGCCUAGAGCAGAGCGCAAGUCAUUAAAAGUCGCUUGCAAUGGUCGCGGUGCAUCCUGAGCCUUUCUAUGAAUCCUAAAUCUAUCGGUAGCGGUUUCCAAGCAUUCCCUCUGCAAAAUAAAUGUCAUGGAGCGAUUUCGAAACUGCGCCCGACUUUCUGCGAAUUGACUCGCUAGUUAGAGACUUUUGGAGGUUGAGAGAGCGUUAGAAAGCUUUAACUCGAAACUUAUAGCAGCGCGAAAGUAGUGGAGAGUUGGUCGCAAGAGCUACCCAAGUCGCCAAGCAUAUAGCCAUACCAAAUGCGACCAUGGCUGUUUGAAAUGAAGAGUGGAACAGUUCAAAAAACUAUGGUCAGAUUGGGAAUGGCUCAGAAAUUUGAAAAAAAAUUGGUUCAAGAUGAACUUUUCGCACCAAAUUUGCGAGUUGAAGAAUUCAAAAUGUCGCAUUUGGAAUGGCUCUAUUGAUCAAUAAAUAACCAGAAAAUAUUAAGAUGGACGUUAUCGCCCUCCAUUCGCCUCAGUACAAGUGGUACCUGAACGGAGAAGAGCUGAAGAGCGGAGUCAAUGGCGUUACCAUCACGACGGUCGAGAAUAAGUCCUCCCUGAAGAUUGAGAACGUUCAGGAGUCUCAGACUGGACGAGGUAUGGGUCAUGAUAAUCUCAAAAAAAGACUGGGAAUUUCAGUGACCGUCGAAGCCUCGAAUGAAGUCGGAAAGUCAGAAUCUAGUGCUCAAAUGCGAGUCGUUCCACCUGCGACAGCUCCAAUUAUCGAUGGACCCAGGAGCGUCACCAUCAAGGAGUCUGAGACGGCCGAGUUCAAGGUUCCGAUUCGUCUUCUUGAAUACAGUAAUCCUACCGUAUCCCCUUUGUUCAGAAAAACAAUCCAAGUGUUUACCCGAAACCUCAAAAAUCUCAGGUCACCAUCACUGGCUCCCCUGAACCGACCGUCAAAUGGUACAUCAAUGAGAAGAUCGUCGAGGAAUCUACCACCACCACGACCGUCAAGACGGAGAAUAUCUACACCCUGAAGAUCACCGAGACCAAGACCAGCCAUACUGGAACUGUCAAGGUUUUUGGGACGUCAUGGGGCCUUAUUGAAGGAAUUUUUUUCCCAGGUGACGGCUCAAAACUCGGCCGGAAGCGACUCGAAGACGGCCGAUCUCAAGGUGGAGCGAGGAGUGACGGCGCCGACCUUUAAGGGAACACUGUCGGACAAGGACGCCAAGGAGGGAGAGCCGCUUCGAUGGGACGUCGAGGUCGAAGGAGACGGCCCCGGAAACGAGGUCACCUGGCUUCUCAAUGGAAAACCGUUGGCCGACUCGGCUGGCGUUCAGGUUGGUCCUGUCGAGGGGAGGAAUUUUUGGAGGCUCGGGGGUUUUGAGACUGAGAUUUUUUGAGCCGAUAUUCAAAAAAAAAACUCGGAUUUCAAGUAGAUUCUCUGCAUGCACUCUGGUGGUAAACCGCGAAUCAGCACUUUAUUUUCAACACUCACGAAAAAGUUCAGAUUUCCAACGAUGGCAACGGCAAGCACAACCUGACGAUCGCCGAAGCCAAGCCGGACAUGAGCGGAAAAAUCGCGGUCAAGGCGAAAAAUCCGGCCGGCGAAUGCGAAAUGUCGGCCUCGGUCAACGUCGCCGGCGCCAACAAGAAGCCCGAAUUCACCAAAACUCCGCAAAAUCACGAAACGACGAUCGACGAAUCCGUCAAGUUCAGCGCCAUCGUCACUGGAGUCCCCACUCCGACGGUUCGUACUCUAGAACCUCCAGGAAAAAUAUGGUAUUUUUAGGUGUCCUGGUACUUGAACGAGAAGAAGCUGGAGCACAGCGAGGAGGUCAAGGUCAAGUUCGAGGCCGAGACCGGAAAAACGUCGAUCCGGAUCUUCAAACCCAAGAUCGAGCACAGCGGAACGAUUAGAGUUGAGGCGAGCAAUGUGGCCGGAAAAGUCGAGGCGACCGCUCAGUUGAAGGUACGUUACGGAGCAAGGAUCGGAAAAAAAGAGAAAACGAAAUAUUUAGGUUGACCGCAAGACGGAGGUUCCCAAGUUCACGACGAACAUGGACGAUCGUCAGGUCAACGAGGGCGAGAACGUCAAGUACACGGCGAACGUCGAAGGAUAUCCCGAGCCUUCGGUCGCCUGGACCCUCAACGGACAACCGGCCGCUCAGCAUCCGUGAGUUUCAGAAGACGUCGCCUCUUCCUAAAGAAUCUGUUCCCAGAAACAUCACGGUGACCGACACGGAAGGCGAACACACCAUCGAGAUCAAGCAGAUCACCCCAGAACAGGCUGGCGAACUCUCCUGCGAGGCGACCAACGCCGUCGGCACCAAGAAACGCGACGUUCAACUCGCCGUCAAACGCGUCGGCGAUGCUCCGACCUUCGCCAGGAACCUGGAAGAUCGACUGACGACCGAGGGAGAGCUGACCCUGAUGGAGGCCAAACUGAACGUCGUCAAGCCCAAGCCGAAGGUGACCUGGCUCCGCGACGGCAAGGAGUUCUCCUCGGAUGACCACGUCAAGACCAUCGAGCAGGAGGACGGAACUCUCCAGCUGAGGAUCGUGACGACCAAACUCGAGGACAAGGGCAGAAUCACCAUCAGAGCCGAGAAUGACUUUGGAUGUGCAGGUGGGUCAUUUUUUUGGAAUUGGUAUAUAAACGGCUCUUCCUUGAAAGAGUGACUGUCUGCGCCCUCUUUCCUUUUAUCUAGGAACAUGGAAAUAGGAAGUAAAUUUGAGAGGGCGCAGAGAAACGGAGAAUUCUGUAUUAUAGUCCAUUCAUUCCUUUUUUUAAAAGUCUGAUAUGCCUGCACCCUCUUUUCUCUCACCGGAAAGGUCAAAGCUAAAAAUAGCAAGUAAAUGGAAGAGGGUGUAGAGAGAGCAGAGAUUUCAAUAUUCUUUAGGAGGUACAGCUAUUUUGAGGCUUACUGUAGAAAUGAUAAUGUAAAGCGUUUUAUGAAAAAGUUCAUAUUGAAUCUUCUUUGUACCAUAAUUUUUCCCUACCGUACUCCAGAGGUCAUCUUUAAAUACAGUAAGAAAGCCAUGAUGAUAGAAAAACAAGUUUAAGAAUGCUCGGCCUCGAUCGGAGUCGUGAAAGGUCGCCCCAUGGCGAAGCCGGUCUUCCAAAGCGAGAUCCCACCCACGAAUCUGACCGAAGGCGACACCCUCGACGUGAAACUUCUGAUCACCGGAGACCCGACACCGUUCGUCAAGUGGUACAUCAACGGAACCCUCGUCUGCGCCACGGAAGACACCGAGAUGACGUCAUCCAACGGCGUCUUCACCUUGAAGAUUCAUGGAGUCUCUACCGACAUGACUGGCAAGAUCAAGUGUGUCGCCUACAAUAAGGUGGGAUUGGAGGAGAAGAAUCGUCUGAGGUUAUAUUUUAGGCCGGAGAAGCUUCGACCGAAGGACCACUCAAGGUGAUCGCGCCGAUUCCUGUCGAGUUCGAGACUUCGCUCUGCGAUGCGACUUGCCGGGAAGGCGAUACUCUCAAACUGAAGGCUGUCCUCCUUGGAGAACCCACUCCAGUGGUCUCUUGGUUCGUUUGAUCAGUCCUGAAAAUGUAUUACGACUUACUUCAGUUUUUAGUAUGUCUAGAAGCUAAAGGAGCUGCUUCAGGUACGUCAACGGCAAGAAGCUGGAAGAGUCGCAGAACAUCAAGAUCCACGCCGAGAAAGGCACCUACACGGUCACCAUCAAGGACAUCACCUGCGACUACAGCGGCAAGGUCGUCUGCGAAGCCGUCAACGAGUACGGCAAGGCUUCGAGUGAAGCCAUGCUCCUGGUCCUGCCGCGAGGCGAGCCGCCAGACUUCCUCGAAUGGCUGAGCAAUGUCCGAGCUCGCGCCGGCUCCAAAGUCGUCCAUAAGGUCGUCUUCACUGGAGAUCCGAAGCCCCACCUUACCUGGUAUAUCAACAACCGCGAGAUCCAGAACUCUUCGGAGUACACGAUCGUCACCGAUGACAAGACCUCCACUCUGACUAUCAACAGCUUCAACUCGGACCUUCACGUCGGCGAGAUCAUCUGCAAGGCGGAGAACGACGCCGGGGAAGUCUCCUGCACGGCGAACAUGACCACCUACACCAGCGACAUGUUCAGCGAGAGCGAGUCUGAAGCACAGAUGGAGGAGUUCGUCGGCGACGACAUGACCGAGGACGAAUCGUUCCGCGAUGAGCUCCACCGCACUCCAACACCGGUCAACGCUCCCAAGUUCAUCACCAAGAUCAAGGACACCAAGGCGAAGAAGGGCCACGAAGCGAUCUUCGAAUGCGUCGUCCCCGACACGAAAGGCGUCUGCUGCAAGUGGCUCAAGGACGGCAAGGAGAUCGAGCUGAUCGCCCGAAUCCGCGUCCAGACCCGAACCAUCGAAGGCCACGUCACCGAGCAGCUCAUCAUCGAAGGAGUCACCCCGGAAGACGCCGGCAAGUACACUUGCAUCGUGGAGAACACCGCCGGCACGGCGACUUGCGAGGCUUCUCUGACUGUGAUCGAGGAGCUCGACAAGGCUCCGAAUAAGGCGCCGGAGUUCGUCGUCGCCCUCCAGGACAAGACGGUCACCGUCGCCGACAAGGUUCAAUUCGAAUGCAAGGUCGUUGGAGAACCCGCGCCCAAGGUCACCUGGUUCCAUGAUAGCGUGGGUUUUUUUUUUGAAUUUCUGAAAUGGUCGAGCUCUGAACGUCUUCAAAGUGUUUUUAGAAGGUCGUGACAAGCCAGGAAGUCGUGACGAUUGAACAAAUCAACGACGUCCAGCGCCUCACGAUCUCUUCUUCCGACGUCAAACAUCAAGGAAGCUAUUCCUGCGUCGCCGAGAAUUCUGAAGGCACCACGAAGACUGAAGCGUAUCUCACCGUCAAAGGUAAUUUUUGCCUUUUCCGAGCAAGUUCCUAGCCCAAAAUGCACGUUUUUCACCCUAGACAGUCCUUUGUCCUUUGCACAGAAAAGAGGCGUUUUUUAAAGAUUUUGAGCCAUUUCUAAACACGUUUCGAGAGGUUUUUUAAAUAGAGCGUAACUGCUGAGAAAAAUCAGUUUUUCACUUUUUCGAAGGUCCUCAAGUUUGUAGCGAAAAUUGCACGUUUUCACCCUAAAAGUCCGUUGUCCAUUUGCACAAACGCACCACCUGCAACCUCACUUGUUACAGCACAAGCACCCGAGUUCACCAAACCACUGCAAGACAAGACGUUGUCCAUCGGCGAGAAACUCAUCCUCUCCUGCUCGGUCAAAGGCUCCCCACAGCCCCACGUCGACUUCUUCUCCUACAACUCGACCACACGCGAGGAGAUCAAAAUCACGUCUUCGAGCCGAAUCGCCGUCGAACACGACGCCACCAACACCCAUUGGAGGAUGGUCAUCAAGGAGGUCACUCGCGAAGAAAUCACCACCUACAAGGCGGUCGCCACCAACUCGGCCGGCACGGCUACCACUGAGUCCAAGGUCACCACCAAGACCGAGGCUCCUGUCUUCGAGCAAGGCUUGAAGAAGACCACCGUCCGGGAGAAGGAAGAACUCCACAUGGAGGUCAAAGUCAGUGGAACUGAGCCGGAAGUCCAAUGGUUCAAAGAUGGAAAGCCUGUCGCUGAAGACUCGAACCACGAGAUCAAGAAGGAUGCCGCCACUGGCAAGCAUUCCUUGGUGAUCAAGCAGGCCAACCUGGCCGAUGCUGGAAACUACACAGCCAAAGCUGUCAACCCAGCCGGACAAGUCGAAUCGAGUGCUGAAGCUGAGGUCACUCAGGCUCUCGAAAAGCCCACCUUCGUCAAGGAACUCGUAUCCACCGAAGUCAAGUACAACGAGACGGCUACUCUUAGCGUUUCCGUCAAAGGAGUCCCAGAACCGACGGUUCAAUGGCUCAAGGAUGGAGCUCCAGUUUCGGUUGAUGGAAGUCAUGUCAUCUCGAAAUCUGAAGGCUCUGGAAGCUACUCCAUCACAAUCAACUCGGCCAGGCUUGAAGAUUCUGGAAAAUACAGCUGCAAAGCUGUCAACACCGCCGGCGAGGCUACCACUCAAGCCAACUUCGCUGUCGUCCGAGAUCUCCAAGCUCCAGAAUUCACGGAGAAACUCCACUCGUUCAAGGUGAAGGAGAGCGAGACGGCCAACUUCAAGGUGACUGUCGUCGGAGUCCCAGAACCGGAAGUCAAGUGGUUCAAGGACGAUGCUCCGUUGAACAUCGACAACUCUCAUGUUGUAGCCAAGGAAGAAGGCUCCGGAAGCUAUAGCCUAGUUAUCAAGGAAACCACUACGUCGGACGUCGGCGUCUACUCCUGCAAAGCCACCAACAUGGCUGGAGAAGCCACGACGACUAGCAGCAUCCGAUUCGAAAAAGUUCUUGUUGCUCCAGAGUUCACUGAGAAGCUCAAACCUUUGGAAGUCAAGGAGAAAGAAACGUUCACUGCUUCAGUCACGGUGACUGGAUCUCCUCAACCAGAGGUCAAAUGGUUCAAGGACAAUACUCCGGUUACUGUCGACGGUUCUCACAUCGUCGUCAAGGCGGAAGGAUCUGGACAUUACACAUUUACCAUCAAGGACGCCACUAGUUCGGACGUUGGAGUUUAUUCUUGCAAAGCCACCAACGAAGUCGGCGAAGCUACAACCACCGCCAAUUUCGGCCUUGUAAGAACUUUGGUCGCUCCAGAAUUCACUGAGAAACUCAAGCCACUUGAAGUCAAGGAGAAAGAAACGUUCACUGCUUCAGUCACGGUGACUGGAUCUCCUCAACCAGAGGUCAAAUGGUUCAAGGACAAUACUCCGGUCAACGUCGACGGUUCUCACAUCGUCGUCAAGGAGGAAGGAUCUGGACAUUAUACCUUUACCAUCCAGGACGCCACUAGUUCGGACGUUGGAAUUUAUUCUUGCAAGGCUACCAACGAGGUCGGAGAAGCUACCACCACCGCCAACUUCGGCCUUGUCAGAACUUUGGUCGCUCCAGAAUUCACUGAGAAGCUCAAACCUAUGGAAGUAAAGGAGAACGAGGCGUUAACCCUCUCAGUCACGGUCACUGGAAUGCCAACUCCAACAGUUCAAUGGUUCAAGGAUGACAUACCGAUCCAGGUCGACAAUACCAAUAUCAUUGCCAAGGACGAUGAGCACGGCCAUCACUCGCUCACCUUCCCGAAGGCGAGAUCCGAAGACGUCGGAGUCUAUUCUUGCAAGGCGACGAAUGAAGUCGGCGAGGCCAAGACCACGGCGAACAUGGCGAUCCAGGAAGAAAUCGAGGCGCCGAUGUUCACUCAGGGCUUGAAGCCGAUGGAAGUUGAAGCCGGAAAGCCGCUCGAACUGGUGGUUAGCGUCGAAGGAAAGCCGGAGCCGGAGGUGAAAUGGCUCAAAGACGGAGUUCCAGUAAAUAUCGACGAGAGUCACAUCAUCUCGAAGAAGGGAGAACAUGGUCAGCACACGCUCGUCAUCAAGGACAUCGCCGCCGCCGACGUCGGCAAGUACUCCUGCCAGGCUGUCAACAAGGCCGGCAAGGACGAAACCAUCGGAGAGGUCAAGAUUCCGAAGUACUCGUUCGAGAAGCACAACGUCGAGGAGGUGAAGCCGAUGUUCGUCGAGCCGCUCCAGGAGACGUUCGCCACGGAAGGCGAUACCGUCGUCCUGGAAUGCCGCGUCAACAAGGAGUCUCAUCCCGACGUCAAGUUCUUCAAGAACGACAAGCCGGUUGAGAUUGGUCCACACAUGGCGUUGGACGUGUUGGACGACGGCAAGAUCAAGCUGACGAUCCAUGGCGCUUUGAAAGAAGACGUCGGCAAGUACACGUGCGAGGCGACGAAUCUGGUCGGCAAGGCUGACACUUCGGCUCCGUUGAACGUCAAGUUCGGCGAGAAGGUCGAGGAGUCGGUUAUGGACGAGAGUACUCAGCUUGAAGAGCUUUCCGUCGCCACCACAGCCACUGGUUCGUAGUUUUCUCACCUUUGCACCUCACUUGUGUGGUCUUUGCAUGCUUCAGUCAUAGUUCAUUCCUUUCAUGCCGAAGAUUCAAUCAAAGAUUUGGAAGAAGCAUAAGAAAUACUGAAAUUUGAGCCCUUUUGAUUGAAUUUUCGGUCCCAUUCUUAUCUCAAAUAAUGAUUUUAUUCAGAAUCUGCCACCUCAAAGACGGAAACCGGAAAAGGAGCUCCAGAAUUUGUGGAAUUGCUCCGAUCCUGCACCGUCACCAAGGGACAACAGGCCGUUUUGCGCUGCAAGGUCAAGGGAGAGCCUCGACCGAAGAUCCGAUGGGUUAAGGAGGGAAAAGAGGUUGGUUUUUCAUCUACAUAAAGUUUCUAGAAGGGAAGACGUCUGAAAAUUUGAAAAUGGGACAAAAAUAAGUCUAGAAAAAUGAUUAGGAGAUUAUUGCCAAUGGAGCGAACUUGUAGUCAUUUUUUGAAUUUCCUGAACUUUUUAAAAUUUGCCUGUUUUUCUCCUAAAGCUUUAAAGUGUACUAUUUUUCCUCAGGUUGAAAUGUCCGCCCGUGUUCGUGCUGAACAUAAGGACGACGGAACCUUGACUCUUACCAUCGAUGACGUCACUCAGGCUGAAGCUGGCGAGUACAGGUAAAAAAAUUGGGUUUUCCAAAGCUUUUUCAAGCUUUUGAUUCUCAAGCUUCAUGUUCGAACUUCAGAUGCGAAGCUGAGAACGAAUUCGGCAGCGCCUGGACUGAAGGCCCGAUCAUCGUGACCCUCGAAGGAGCGCCGAAGAUCGACGGAGAAGCUCCAGACUUCCUCCAACCUGUCCGUCCAGCCGCCGUCACCGUCGGUGAGACGGCCGUUCUGGAAGGCAAGGUUUCAGGAAAGCCAAGACCGACCGUCAAGUGGUACAAGAACGGCAAGGAGAUCACGCCGAACGAUAGGAUCAAGAUCGAAGACCUGGAAGAUGGCACUCAAAGACUUACCGUCAAGGACGCUCAGCUCAGCGACGCCGACGAGUACCGCUGCUCUGCCUCCAACGAGUUUGGAGACGUCUGGAGCGACGUCACCCUCGGCGUUAAGGAGCCCGCUCAGUCGGCUCCCGAAUUCGUCAAAGAACUUGCCGCUGUUCAAGUUAAAGAGACUGAAACGGCCAAAUUCGAGUGCAAGGUCUCCGGAACUGAACCAACUGUCAAGUGGUUCAAGGACGGCCAGGAGGUUAAGAAGGACGCCCGAGUCAAGAUCGAAUCCGAAUCUGAUGGAACUCAAAGACUGGUCAUCGAAAAGAGUACCACCGCUGACCAGGGCAACUACCGCGUCGAGGCCAGCAACGACGCCGGAACUGCCAACUUGAAGGCUCCGCUGACCGUCACUCCAGAUGAGACGCUGAAAUUGAAGCGUGGCCUGAACGACCUCACCAUCCCGCAAGGAACCAAGAUCCUUCUCAGCGUCGAGGUCGAAGGCCGUCCGAAGACUGUCAAGUGGUACAAGGGUACCGAACAGAUCUCUUCCAGCAAGACGACUGUCAUCGAACAAGUUUCCGACCACGAGUACAAGCUGGAGAUCAACAAGAGCGAACUCACCGACUCUGGAUCAUACCGGGUUGUUUUGUCCACCGAAACACAGUCUGUCGAAUCUUCUAGCACGGUCGUCGUCACGUCUACCGCUGAAAAAGUCUCACUGCCUUCCUUCAAAAAAGGACUUUGCGAUCAAAUCGUGCCUAAAGGCAGUCCUCUCGUACUUGAAAUCGAAGUCGAAGGCAAGCCAAAGGACGUCAAGUGGUACAAGAACGGCGACGAGCUCAAGAAUGCCAAGACUGAAGACCUGGGCAACGGAAAAUACCGCCUCACGAUCCCUGACUUCAGCGACGCUGAUGUUGGAGAGUACAGCGUGACCGCUGGCAAUGACGCCGGUGAAAUUGAAAGCAAGGCCAAGGUCACCGCCAAAGAUGACGGAAAGGACAAGAACAAACCGGAAAUCGUUUCUGGCCUCGUGCCAACUAGCGUCAAGCAAGGAGAAACUGCCACCUUCCGAGUGCAGGUUAAAGGACCUGUCAAGGGCGUCAAAUGGUACAAGAAUGGCAAGGAGAUCCCCAACGCCAAGGCGACCGACAAGGGCGAUGGCGUCUACGAGCUCGAAGUUCCGAACGCUCAGCUUGAAGACGCAGCUGACUACAAGGUCGUCGUGUCGAAUGACGCUGGUGAUGCAGACUCUUCGGCUUCUCUCACUGUCAAACUUCCUGCCAUCGAGAUCGUGAAAGGUCUGGAAGACAAGGCUGUUCCGAAGGGACAGAAGGUCGUCCUUGGAGUUGAGACUAGCCGCAAGCCGAAGUCCGUCAAGUGGUAUAAGAAUGGCAAGGAGAUCGGUCCAGAUGAUAAGGCCAAACCUGGAUUCGACGGGGAUAACAAGCCUAUUCUCACUAUUCCGAACACGGGAGAUGAAGAUGCCGCUGACUACAAGAUCGUUCUGACCGAUGAUGAUGGUAACACCGCCGAUUCUUCUUGUGCUCUCACUGUCAAGCUGCCUGGAAUCGAAAUCGUCAAAGGCCUGGAAGACACGACUGUUCCCAAAGGACAGAAGGUCGUCCUCGGCGUUGAAACCAACCGUAAACCCAAAUCUGUCAAGUGGUACAAGAAUGGAAAGGAACUCGGACCAGAUGACAAGGCCAAGCCUGGAUUCGAUGGAGAGAACAAGCCUCAGCUCACGAUUCCUGACGCUGGAGACGAAGAUGCGGCUGAUUACAAGAUUGUCCUCACCGACGACGACGGCAACACUGCUGAUUCGUUCUGCGCCCUGACAGUUAAACUUCCAGCCGAGGAGCCUCGAUUCGUCAAGGGUCUUGAAGAUCAGGUUGUUCCAGUUGGUCAGCCUGUCAAGCUGGAAAUCGAGACAGCCGGAUCGCCAACUACGGUGAAAUGGUACAAGAAUGGCAAGGAAGUUCCGGCUUCUGCUGCUGGAAAAGUCAAGAUUUCGAAGGUCGACGACAAUCACUACGUCCUCGAAAUUCCUUCCUCUGCUGUUGAUGAUACUGGAGACUACAAGGUCGAAAUCGCCAACGAAGCUGGCAAGGCUAACAGCAACGGAAAACUGACUGUCGAGCCAAAGCUUACGUUCUUGAAACCGCUCAAAGAUCAGACCAUCACCGAAGGCGAGAACGCAGAAUUCGCUGUCGAAACCAACGCCCAGCCAAGAAGUGUCAAAUGGUACAAGAACGGCCAGGAGAUCAAGCCUGAUUCUCACUUCGUUGUGGCUGGAGAAGGCACCAAGUACUCUUUGGUGAUCAAGAAUGCCGUCAGAGACGACGCUGCCACCUACAAGGUCGUCCUCACCAACUCUGCUGGAGACGCCGACUCUUCUGCCAAACUCACGGUCAAGAAACCGAAGCCAGGCCUCCCCAAAAUCAUCAAGGGACUGGAAGACCAAGUUGUUGCCAAAGGCGCUUCCAUGGUGUUUGAGGUCAAGAUUGAAGGUGAAGCCACCGACAUCAGAUGGCUUAAAGAUGGCAAGCCAGUUUCUGCUGGUGCCAACGCUGUCAUUGAGAAAAUUGACGAUCAAACCUACCGCCUGACGAUUCCGAAAGCAGACCUUGGAGAUGCUGGCGAAUACACCUUCGAAGUGUCAAACGAAACUGGCAAGGCCAAGUCUGAAGCCAAGGGAAAAGUAGAUGAGAAGCCGGAAAUUGUGAAAGGACUUCAAGACACGGAACUCGCCGAAGGAGAUGACGACGUCUUCAAGGUGGAAGUUUCUGCGCCAGUCCGCACUGUCAAAUGGUACAAGAAUGGCCAGGAGAUCAAGCCUUCUUCUCACUUUGCACCAAAGAAGAUUGGACCGAAGAAGUACGAGCUCGCUAUCAACAAGGCCCAACUUGACGAUGGAGCCACCUACAAAGUUGUCUUGGGAAAUGCAGCUGGAGAAUGCGAUUCUUCGGCAGAUCUUACUGUUACCAAACCUAACAUUCUGAAGGUCAUCGACGGACUCAAGGACGUCAACGUGACCGAGGGUGAGCCCGUUGAGCUGAAGGUCAAGGUGGAAGGAGUUCCCAAGACCGUCAAAUGGUACAAAAACGGACAAGAACUUGCUCCAAGUGCAGACUUGAAGACCGAAGACAAGCCAGAAAGCGGAGAAUUCUCUCUGACUAUUCCAAGCUCGAAGAAGUCGGAUGGUGGAGCCUACCGAGUUGUACUUGCCAACGACAAGGGUGAAGUUUACAGCGGCUCUGUGGUUCACGUCAAGGCUGCCAAGCCGAAAGACACGACUUCUGGAGCCAACUUCCUUUCUCCUCUGAAGGACACCGAAGUGGAAGAAGGAGACAUGCUGACUCUUCAGUGUGUUGUUGGUGGAGAACCAUUCCCAGAGGUCAAGUGGGAGAAGGACGGAGUUCCUCUGACGAAGGAUGACCGCAUCGCAAUCCGCGUUGCUCUCGACGGUACUGCCACUCUUCGAAUUAGGUCCGCCAAAAAGUCUGACUUCGGUCAGUACCGCGUUAUCGCAACAAAUGAGGCUGGAAGUGCUACUAGCGCUUGCCAAGUGACUGUCAAAGAUCAAGGAGAACAGCCAUCAAAGCCUCACUUUGUCAUUCCAUUGACGUCGUCUGCAGCUCUCCCCGGAGAGAAGAAGGAGUUCAACGUCAAGGUUCGUGGCCUGCCCAAGCCAGCGCUUCAAUGGUUCCUCAACGACAAGUCUAUCAAGUUCGACGACCGCGUCAAGGUUGACGAUUUGGGAGAUGGAAACUUCUGUCUCACGAUCAAAGACGUGCGGGAAGAGGACUUUGGAACGAUCCGAUGUGUCGCCAAGAACGACCUCGGCGAGGCUGAUACUCAAGCCGAGUUCCAGAAAGGCAAUGAGCAUCCAGAUCGGGAGCGUGACGACCUUCGCUACCCACCAAGAUUCAACGUUCCUCUCUGGGACCGAAGAAUCCCCCUCAACGACCCGAUGUUCAUCGAAUGCCACGUCGACGCCAAUCCCACGGCCACCAUCGAAUGGUUCAAAGACGACAAGAAAAUCGAGCCUUCAGGCCAUAUUGAGAUCAGAAAUUCGCUUGAUGGCGCCUGCCGUCUGAAUAUCAUUCCAUUCACCGAGGCAGACACUGGUGUCUACAUGUGCGUCGCUGUGAACGACCUUGGACAAGCUGAAACUCAAGCAACCUACUCGGUUGAAGUUGCUGAACAUGUUGAGGAAGAACAUCGCAAGGAGUACGCGCCAAAGAUCAACCCUGGACUCGAAGAUCAGACGGUGAACGCAGGACAGCCGGUCAGACUGUUCUGCAAGGUUGAUGCCAUCCCUCGAGCUGGAGUCGUCUGGUACAAGGAUGGACUUCCACUUCGCGCCGAUUCUAGAAUCACCAUGGAAUAUGACGAAGAAGGCAAUGCCAGACUCACCAUCAAUGACACUGUUGAGAACGACAUUGGAGCUUACCGAUGUGUGGCCACCAACGCCCAUGGAACCAUCAACACCAGCUGCAGCGUCGGCGUCAAAGUUCCGAAGACUGAAGUCAAGAAGGAAGGAGCUGAACCAUUCUUCACCAAGGGUCUUGUCGACAUUUGGGCUGAUCGUGGUGAAACCUUCAUCUUAAAGUGUGCUGUUACUGGCGAUCCAACCCCUGAAAUCAAGUGGUAUCGCAACGGCCAACUCGUCAGAAAUGGACCUCGAUCCGUUGUGGAGACCUCGCCAGAUGGCACCUGCUCUCUGACGAUCAAGGAAUGCACGAUGAGCGACGAGGGCAUCUACAGAUGCGAAGCCGAGAACAAGCACGGCAAGGCCAAGACUCAGGCCACCGCCCACGUCCAAAUGGCCCUCGGCAAGACGGAGAAGCCGAAGAUGGACGAAGGCAAGCCGCCAAAGUUCAUCAUCGAACUCUCCGACAUGACCGUGGCCGUUGGCUCGAUCAUCGAUUUGGAGUGCAAGGUCACCGGUGUGCCCAACCCGACUGUCAAAUGGUCCAAGGAUGGCGGUCCGAUUUGGGAGGACCCUCGCUACGACUGGAACAUCGACGAAGCCAAGGGCUCCUACCAGUUGAGGAUCAAGAACGCCACCGUCGCUGAUGAAGGAACCUACCGAUGUGUUGCCAACAAUGAGAACGGCUCGGCCACUACCAAAUCCUUUGUCAGAAUCGACGAUGGCCUCGGCGCCAAGUCUUCGGACCAAGGCAAACCUCCGAGAUUCGCCAUCAAGUUGGGCGACGCUCGUGCCACCGAAGGACAGCCUCUCAAGUUGGAAUGCAAAGUCGACGCUAGCCCGCUGCCUGAGAUGACCUGGUACAAGGACGGCGCCAUCGUGCAGCCUUCCGAGAGGAUCCAAAUCUCCUUGUCUCCUGACGGCGUCGCCACGUUGCUCAUCCCAUCGUGUGUCUACGACGACGAUGGAAUCUACCGUGUCAUCGCCACGAAUCCUUCCGGAUCCGCUCAAGACAAGGGUAACGCGACGGUCAAGAAGUUGCCGAAAGGCGAUGCCAAAGCCCGAAGCCCGUCCGCUGGCGGCGAUGGAUUCGACGCCAACAAGGCGCCGAAGCUCGUCCAGCCUUUGGAGAGUGUCAGAGUGAGCUUCAGGGAAGACAGAAAAAAUAUUAUUCGAGAAUUCAGAUCCCGGAGAAGCAGGCCUUCACGCUGAGAUGCAAGUUCAGCGGCGAUCCGAAACCGACGAUCAAGUGGUUCAAGGACGGCGAACGCGUCUUCCCCUACGGUCGUCUGAAGCUGGUGAGUUCUGAAUCCUGGUUGAUUGGUUGCAAACAAAUUAAUCGUGGUUGAUUCAGAACGAGCUUCCCGACGGCGUCUGCGAACUGGUCAUCGAUUCGGCGAUCCGUCAGGACGCUGGAGGUUAUCGUUGCGUCGCUGAGAACACCUACGGAUCGGCCAGGACCAGCUGCGAUGUCAACGUUAUUCGUCAGUUUUUUUUUCUUCAAUUUCAACGAUUCUUUGAUUUUUGAGCCUGAAACCAUUAGAAUCAGUACUUUUCCGGAAGAAGCUCAGUUUUCGAAUCCCCUCAUAGACGUUAGGAAAACUCGAAAAAAGUUCAAACUCCUCAUAAAUUUGAGUUCAGUGACUUCAUCUGGAGGUCAAUCGAGUUCAGGUUAAUUUUGGUCUUAUAAAAUGGCUUUAUUGGCUUUUUCGAAAUAACUGGCUGCUUUCAAAGUUUUUCGCAAUGAUGGAUGCCCUGAAUGAAAAAUCACCUCUUCUCAAAAACUUUUGAAGCUUUACCGAAUCGGCUGAAUCUUUCUACAACAGCUUGACCCUCUGAAGCUUCACCUUCUCUCAGAAAUGAUCAAUUUAGGCGGCGACCGAAAGCCCCGGGACAUCGACUCGUCGAUCCGGGAGGGCAAGGCGCCCGGCUUCACGAUCCCGCUGACGAUCAAGCGGGCCAAGCCGGGCGACUCGGUCACCUUCGAAUGCCUCCCAUUCGGAAACCCGUUCCCCUCGAUCAAAUGGCUCAAAGACGGCCUGGAGCUGUUCUCCAGCGAGAAGUACAAGAUCGAAGCCGCCGCGGAUGGAACUCAGAAGCUGACCUUGGUCGACGUCCAGUUCCUCUCCGAGGGCUACUUCCGAUGCGUCGCCACCAACGAGCACGGAACGGCUUCCACCAAGGCCGAACUCGUCAUUGACGGUUGGUUUUGUUUGGUUGAUUCUGUGACGUCUUUCAGGGAGCUCGGAGCUUGA